ACAUAUAUGGAAGCGUCAACAGCUUUAGAUAUUAUAUUAAUCGGUGACGGAGUGGUGAGGGCACCAGUAGGUCGGCGAGGUCCGGAGUCGAGUGACGGGAGGUGCGUCUGUCUAAGGCUGAAAGUUUUGCAAUUUGCAGUGGUGCCUUGACAAUCUUUCACCAUGUGUGACGAAGACGCCACCGCGCUGGUCUGUGACAACGGCUCCGGCCUCUGCAAAGCCGGCUUCGCCGGUGAUGACGCUCCCAGGGCCGUGUUCCCCUCCAUCGUCGGCCGACCUCGUCACCAGGGUGUGAUGGUGGGCAUGGGUCAGAAGGACGCCUACGUCGGCGACGAGGCCCAGAGCAAGCGAGGUAUCCUGACUCUCAAGUACCCCAUCGAGCACGGCAUCAUCACCAACUGGGACGACAUGGAGAAGAUCUGGCACCACACCUUCUACAACGAGCUCCGCAUUGCCCCUGAGGAGUCUCCUGUCCUGCUCACUGAGGCUCCCCUCAACCCCAAGGCCAACCGUGAGAAGAUGACCCAGAUCAUGUUCGAAACCUUCAGCUGCCCCGCCAUGUACGUGGCCAUCCAGGCUGUGCUGUCUUUGUACGCCUCUGGCCGUACUACUGGCAUCGUGCUGGACUCGGGUGACGGCGUGACACACACUGUCCCGAUCUAUGAAGGUUACGCUCUUCCUCACGCCAUCAUGCGUCUUGACCUGGCUGGUAGAGAUCUUACCAAUUAUCUGAUGAAAAUUUUGACUGAACGUGGCUACUCCUUCACUACCACUGCAGAGCGUGAGAUAGUUCGAGACGUCAAGGAGAAGCUUUGUUAUGUCGCCCUUGAUUUUGAAAGUGAAAUGGCCCAGGCAGCUGCUACUGCUUCCCUCGAAAAGUCGUACGAGCUUCCUGAUGGUCAAGUCAUCACCAUUGGCAAUGAACGUUUCCGUGCUCCUGAAGCCCUCUUCCAGCCGUCUUUCUUGGGGAUGGAAUCCUGCGGCGUUCACGAGACCGUCUACCAGUCCAUCAUGAAGUGUGACGUGGACAUCAGGAAGGAUCUGUACGCCAACACCGUCAUGUCUGGUGGCACCACCAUGUACCCUGGUAUUGCUGACCGCAUGCAAAAAGAAAUCACCUCGCUUGCUCCCUCCACCAUCAAGAUCAAGAUUAUUGCCCCUCCUGAGCGCAAGUACUCUGUCUGGAUCGGCGGUUCGAUCCUGGCAUCUCUUUCUACCUUCCAGUCCAUGUGGAUCACCAAGGAGGAGUAUGACGAAUCCGGUCCCGGCAUUGUCCACCGCAAGUGCUUCUAAAAUAUGUUUGGUAUCUUUGUUAUCUCAGUCCACACUAAACACUGAUACGAACAUAUUCCCAAGUUUCAUUUAAGCAUUUAUUUGCAAGCUAUUCUUUGCUAAGUCAUAUCUAUUCUCUAUAGGAAUAGCUGUGAUGGCAAGCUAACCUAUUUCAUAUUACUCAUUUGGUUAUUGUCACAAGGAAUAGAAUGUUAAGAUUGGCUUGCUUGUCAGAAAACACCGAAUUGGCCGACCAUAAGUCAUCCCUUUAUCUCCUCCUGUGCUGAGUACAAGUCGUCCGUGCCGCCAGGCUGUGCUGAUUAUGUUACUUUUAUUUUUUCAUAUGUCUGAAUGAUACGAAAAUACAUGGAAUAAGAAAC